UAUGCUUUCAGUUGUGCGUGGUCUCCGAAAGAGGAUGGAUGUAAUGCAUAACGUAUUGAAAUUGAUAAUCAUAUAGCGCGUUGUUUAUUAUAAAUUAAAUGCUUUUAAAUUCCUUUCUAUUUACUCACGAGUGUUUUUCAUAUUGUAUAUUAUAACAAAUUGAUAAAUUCAUUGUUUAUCAUAUGGUGUCGCACAUGAAGGAUUUUAACGUAUCUUCAGAACCUGGCGGCAUGUCCACAUACGUUAGAAGUACUAGCACUCAUCUGUCAACGUUGACAAGGAUCUUGGGCGUGUGUACUGCGAUUGUUGUGUGCGGCGUCGGAGUGGAUGUGGCGUACCGUCAGCACGUCAUGGGGUUUUACGUUACAGUAGCAUCUGGUUUGAUAUUCUUCCUAGAGAUUACCUGGGCCAUCACGCUGUUCGUACAGAUCUGCGUCAGAAAUGACGAGUCUCUUUGCUCGUGUUACUGGUCGGCAGUGGUGGCGAUAACGAGGGGUUGGCGAAGAGCAUUGUUUUAUCUACCUCUAUCCUGUAUUUUGGCAUGGAAACCGCACAGUCUUCGGUUGUCCUAUGUCGCGGCCGGACUUUUGGCAGUGCUAUCCUUGCUGCAUAUUGCGUCCAGUGCUUUGAUGGGCCGUGGUUCCUGCCAGAUGAGUAAUGCUAUGGAUUCGGUUGGCGAGAGUCUUCUAAGUACUAGGCCCGAAAAUUAUGAUCGCUUCGAAGAAGUUUUGGUGACGGAAGUGUUGGACGACGGCGUGUCAGGACCAACUGGCCGAGUGGGAGAUAGCGACGGGGAAAUAUGACACGAACGUCAACCCUCGUGGGCGAGCGAAUCGGACGAGAGCAGUGAACCGGAACAAAGGACAUGUCAAAUUGCAACGGUAUCUUAGACGUUGAUGGCGGACAGAGGGAAUGCUGCUGAUUUUGGCGUUUCGCAAGCAACACCAAAAUUUUGGCUUUUUCCGCGUCGUACAAAGGCUGCUGGUGUCUUUACGAAAACAUAAUAUACAGAAAGAAGAGGAAAAGGUCUGCGUGUUUGGAAAGUUUGUAAAAAUAGGAACAGUGGAACUUUUUGAACGAAGUUUACAGGCGAAAAGUGAUGUUCGAGGGCGGAUAAACGGAAACAAGUUACAAAUAGCGUUGAAAAAUUCGACCAAAGAUCCACGCAGUAAAACAGAAAUACGUGAAAUUGAAGGUUGCUCGAGGUUUAUUGUUUUCUUUUUGCGUAGCUCCGAUUUCUUACGAGUCGAUAUAUACUGUUGAAGUAGAAUAGAGAAAGGGAACAUUCCUGCAAAAUCGGCCUUUAAUCGAUCACAGUUCCUUUCGAUAAGUGUGAGCACUGCGUUAAGCGUUCGUUCGAAUGUUAAUUAAAAGAAAACUGUUAACAGCCUGUCGUACUCUGAGGUAUAAUAUGAUAUUUCUGUUUAUAUAUCACUAAUAGAUGUUUUUAAAUGAUUAAUUGUAAUUGGUUGUAGUUUGUGUGAAAAGCGAUAUAAAAAGAGGUUCGAUGUAUGUAGA